CAAGAAAAGAGAUAAACUGUCCUAGCCUCUUCAAACCACAUGGCAGCACUCUGUGAGCUGACCACAUGCAGAACCUCCACCUGCCACCUCCACAGUUCCUUACCACAUGCCACGUACUUUCUUAUUGGAUUCAGUCACAUACGUCCACGAUUGAUCUGAUCAAAAUUCCAACUCCUAAAUAAAAGCUCAAACAUCACCUUCAUCAACCUCCAAAAUCGAAUCGAUUUCAGAAACUGAACCGAAUCCAACCAACAAUGGCGUCGAAUCUAAACCCAGCAUUUGCCUACACGGUGGUGUACGUGAAGGACGUAGCCAAAUCCGCAGCCUUCUAUUCCAAAGCCUUCGGCUACACCGUACGUCGUAUAGACGAGUCUCACAGAUGGGGAGAGCUUGAAAGCGGGCAGACGACGAUAGCAUUCACGCCGCAAAACCAGCACGAGACGGACGACCUCACCGGAAAAGUUCAGAAGCCGAGCUCCGGGAGUGAGAGGCAGCCGGUUGAGGUUUGCUUUGCGUACCCCGACGUCGACGCGGCCUAUAAAAGGGCGGUGGAGAACGGAGCGGUGGCGGUGAGCGUGCCGGAAGAGAAAGAGUGGGGCCAGAAAGUGGGGUAUGUACGAGAUCCCGAUGGGAUCGUGGUGAGGAUGGGAAGCUACGUCAACGAACCGAAGCAGGGUUAACUUCAGUUUAAUUUAUACAGAUCGAUAUACAUACUCUGAGUGCUGAUGAUGAAUAAGUGUUUUUGUGUUUUUUUUGAUACAUAAGUGUUUUUGUGUUUCCCAGUGUAACUAAUAAAGUUAGAAGAAAGAAGAAUUUGAAGAACGUACUUUCUUUCAUCAAGUCUUGAAUGAAGGGCUUGUUUGCAA